UGUCUGGUAAUUGCUUUUUGACAUUUUACACAAAAGUUUUGCACAAAAAGUCCAUUCGGCUAUUGAGGAUAAUAUCUCGAGGUUGUCGAGGAAGCAAUCUAGUUUGUGGCUUGGACAAGGUUUGAGAUUUUUGGUCACAUACAGCCAACAAAUAAGCUUAAUCCCAAGAGGGCACUUCGAUUUUCAAGAGGGUAGUGAUAGCUGGGAAGUGUAAAUGGCGAUGGCAAUGUCAAUAGCUGUUUCUUCAAAAUGUAUAAUAAAUCAUGAUAAGAGCCUCACGAUAACUCGUCCUCAAUUGCGUUCCUUAUCAACACUUUCUUUUCCUAAACCAAAUCUUCGACGGCUGUCCUGUCCAAACUUUUCUUCUCUUCGUAGCGUAAGGCAGCAUGUACAAUGUAGUUAUUCUACUGAGAGUGGCAGUGAGCCAGGCUAUUCAUCUAAUCCCAUUGACGUUGUGGCUGAUGUCAAGACAGAAAAGAUUUUAGUCCUGGGAGGCAAUGGUUUUGUUGGUUCGGCUAUUUGCAAAGCAGCAGUUGCCAGGGGCAUAGAAGUUGUCAGCCUCAGCAGGUCAGGGCGACCCUCAUACACAGAUUCAUGGAUAGACCAAGUUACAUGGGAAGCAGGUGAUGUUUUCUAUGCCAACUGGGAAGGUUUACUUCCUGGUGUUACUGCAGUUGUUUCUACCAUUGGAGGCUUUGGUACAAAUGAACAAAUGGAAAAAAUAAAUGGAGAAGCUAAUGUUUUGGCUGUAGAUGCUGCCAGUAGAUCUGGAAUCUCAAAAUUUAUAUUAAUCUCAGUUCAUGAUUACAACCUUCCAUCAUUCUUACUGACUUCGGGAUACUUUACUGGAAAGAGACGAGCAGAAUCAGAGGUGCUUUCAAAAUUUCCUAAUUCAGGCACUGUGUUAAGACCAGGAUUUAUAUAUGGAAAGAGAAAAGUUGAUGGAUUUGAAAUACCUCUUGAUUCUGUUGGCAAGCCAUUAGAGAGUUUUCUCCUUGCAAAUGAAAAUUUCAUCAGGCCAUUGAGAUCUUUACCAGCCUCAGACCUGUUCUUCGCUCCUCCAGUCAGUGUUGAUGAUGUGGCUAAUGCAGUUAUCAAAGCUGUCACUGAUGAUUCUUUUUUUGGUGUCUUCACAAUUGAGCAAAUUAAGGAAGCAGCUGCAGCAGUCAGGGCAUGAAGAUUCAUUUUCUUGACUGGAGGUCUUAUGUUUGGGCAUUCAUUUCUGUAGUCUAUUUAAUUUUUUUCUGUUCUUGGAAUUGAGGAGGGGAGUCCAUGCUUUUCAGUUUGUAAUCCAUAGCACUACUAUAUAUGUAUUUUUUAAUGGCUAUGUCAUCAUCUGUAAAGUACUCUGAAAGGCAAACCAAUAAUUCUUUUUCAUCAAAGGAUGAUUGAAUAUCCGGAAAAUAGUCUGUUAGGAGCAUUCAAUACUGUGAGAUACCCUCGUCAAGAGUUAUGAUCUUUUUAAUCUCAGCCACAAGGUUUGCCCCAUGAAAUGUCAAAGGCGACCUAGAAGAUUACUUUGUUACCAUGUUUUGUCUCAUCAAUGCUUCCUUCUGUUAACAUCUA